AUGGGAUUAAGAACUCAGUUUCAACACAUGAGGGGUUAUUAUGAUCCAAAUUGGAUACUCCUGGGGCUUAUCUGUACCUUUUUUCCCAAAGGGUGAUGAGACGCCCGGAAUAGCAAAACUGCCACUGUCACUGCGAUGCAUCAUCCAUGGCCAGUUCCGGACUCGCCGUACCGGAGGAAGCUACGCGGAAGGCUCCAGCCAAAGCAGCUCUAUUUGCACAAGGCUCGACCUUGGGGAACAAUACGUGUUUCGUCUGCUCAGUCCUCCUGCGCUGCUACAAGCACCGCCAUCGCCAGUUGCCAAUGCCACCCAUCCCAUCCCAUCCCACCAGCGCGCGCACGGGCCGAGACCGGCAAUGGCGGGCUCGACGCCUCCCUUCCUCCUCCUCCUCCUCUUCGUCCUCGUCGCCGCCGCGGCGGCCUCGGAGGAUCGCCCGCGCGUCACCCCCACCUUGAUCCAGUGCCACCCGGCGCAAGCGCAGGCAACCGCCAACGCCAGCAGCGCCAAGAACGCCACGGCGGCCUCGGAGGAUCGCCCGCGCGUCACCCCCACCUUGAUCCAGUGCCACCCGGCGCAAGCGCAGGCAACCGCCAACGCCAGCAGCGCCAAGAACGCCACGGCGUUCCGCGCCGACGUGGUCUCCCUCCUCCGCGCCCUCCCCUCCGCCGCCGCGCCCACGGGCUUCGCCUCCCUGCGGUCCGACGGAGUGGUCGGAUGGGACCGCGCGUUCGCCCGUGGGCUCUGCUUCGGGUACGCCACGCCGUCCCAGUGCCGCGAGUGCCUGUCCGUCACGGCCAGGAAGCUCACCGACGCCUGCGGCGCCCACGGCCGGCGCACCGGCGUCUGGACGGACGGCUGCUUUGCGUCCUACGCCGACGCAAACGCCUCUUCGCCGAACCACGACGGAUUCCGCGCGCGCGUCAUCUCCGGCGCCGACCCUCUCGCCAGCGCCUCGUCGGCCGAGCUGCAGAGCCUCGCCGACCUGGCGGGGCACAUGGGGCCGGUCGCGGCCACCAACGCGAGGAUGCAGGUGGCCGCGGACUGGACCGCCGCGGCGAGCGACUACAAGAAGAAGAGCACGGUGCACGUGCUGGCGCAGUGCGCGCGGGACCGCACGUUGGAGGAGUGCGCCUGGUGCGUCCAGUACUCGGCGCGGGUGGCGGAGACCUGCGCGCGGUCCUGGUGCCCCCGGCAGUCGGCGCGGGCGGGGGACACCUGCUGCUGGGGCCUCGACGCGUGGCGCGAUGGCGUGGCGGCCGCCGUCGUCGGCUUCGACUGCUACCUGCGCUUCGACGUCGCCGUCGCCACCGCCACCGCCGCUGCGCCGGCGCGGGUGCCCCUGCCACAAAGGCUCGGGAAGUUGAGCCCCAAGGCGUUCGGUAUACUCGGCGGCGGGCUGGCCGUGGCCGCUUCCUACGUGCUAAUUUAGCUGAGUACAGCGCCCCGGUUGUGCCAGUAGCAGGGCCGGGGGCCGUCCGGGGAGUGGAGAUGGAGAAGGAGAUGACGAUGAAUCCCCCGCAACAGCUAUCCAGGGUGAUGGUUAUCGAUCUGCGCUGCAGCAACAUCGUACUCCAGCAGGCCAAGCCUGUAAAUAAUUAAGCAUGCUUGCACUGUAGUAGCAGCAGCAGGAACGAGCAUCUGCCACUUCAAACCUUAAUUCGUGCUUUCAUAUCUUCCUAUACUACUCCCUCCAUCCUACAAUCACAAUGUAAGACGUUUUUCGUCGCGCGUUUCACA